AUGUCGACAAUGCAAGCAAUCGUUAUAUCAGAAUUUGGCGGUCCUGAAGUCCUUAAAUAUAGAACGGUUGCCAAGCCCCUCCCAGAGCAGCAUCAAGCUCUCAUCAGGGUGAAGGCCUUUGGACUUAACCAUGCAGAGCUUCACAUGCGUCGCGGAGAGUGGGAUGAGUGGAACCCUAUAUCCGGCUUAGAAUGUGUAGGCAUUAUCGAAGCCUGCCCGAGCGGCGAAUUUUCUGUGGGAUCGAAAGUGGCAGGAGUGAUGGGCGGUAUCGGCAGAGACCGCCCUGGCGGAUACGGCGAGUUCGUAAACGUGCCAGUCAGCAAUAUUGUUUCACUGGAGACUCGAUUACCGUGGGAACAGCUCGCUGCACUGCCCGAGGUCUACUGUACAGCUUGGUCAUGCCUUUUCACCGUUCUGAACCUCCAACAGGACGAGACUUUACUGAUCCGUGGAGCCACUUCUACCAUUGGACAAGCGGCACUCAAUCUUGCAGUCAACGUAGGAGCAAAAGUCACCGCAACAACGCGUCAGGAAGCUCGAUUUGAUCUGCUUCGAGAGAUGGGAGCCGAGGACGUCAAAUUUGAACAGCAAGACUUAGGCAGGCAAUUCGAAACGAUUGGAAGUCCCCCCUAA